AUGCGGAUGACAAGAGCGGACCUGGACAGCGCCCACACGUUCAAGAAGUCCUUGACGCAAUACAUUCAAUGUGCCACAGACCUCGGGAUGACACACUACUAUCCCUACUUUGGCGAUAUCAUGAUGUGGCAGAAUAGACGCCUCUUCGUCCUGCGUACCGAGCCCUCGAACAACGGCCAGAUGUACUCCCUUCUCCCGGAAGACUGCGAAUCAGAGUUUCCCGCGAACUAUAUCGUCCAAAAUCUGGUCGAAGGUAAUCCACUCAAGAGCCCCUGCCGACAGGCCGAGUACCUGAGGCGCGAGGGCUACGAGACCAGCGAGCAGGUUUGGGUAGAGAAUUUCGAAAAGAUCAAGCGCUUGUUGGGAAUGGCACAGAGGGAAGAGCUGCCCCCGGAGCUCCCGUCAUUCACGCUUAAAGUCGGCUCGCUCGGCCAGAUCCUCGAGUGGCGGCGCGAGUACGAGGAGGCGGCGGUCGGGCAGAAGCACCUCUCACCGCUGGUCCUCCUCAACCGGCGCGUGUCGGCCGGGUCCGGGUCCACGGGGCUGUCGCGGACGUGGCUGAUAAACUCGUUCGCGCGGGUCUUUGACGGCGACAGCGCCUGGGACCCGCUGAUGAAGUGGUUCCAGAAGUUCCCCACGCCUUAUAAUCUGUACAACACGGACGCUGGAUCGCCAAAGUACGUCUUCCAGAUCGACCGGAACUUUGGAUUUGUCAGCGGCGUCACCGAAAUGCUGCUGCAGAGUCAUGCUGAUGUUGCGCAUUUGCUGCCGGCCCUGCCCUCGGCGGUGCCCACUGGGUCUGUGGAAGGGCUCGUCGCUCGUGGGAACUUUGUCGUUGAUGUUGCGUGGGACCAAGGGGCCUUGACCAGCGCGAACAUCACUUGCAAAGCUGGUGCUGAGCUUGCGAUCCGAUACAUGAAUGGGUCGCAAAUCGCCGUGGAUGGUGAGGCGUAUACUGGCCCGCUAGGGACAACGACUGGCACCACCUAUGUUGUGACUCCCAGUUGA